CCGACAUCAGCCUUGCACUGAAUCACUGAUCAUCACCGACCAGCUGUUUCCGGUUUUCAGGUGGGCGACUGAAGCGGCGCUCUCCGGGUCUCCCAGCCGCCAGAAUGAUAAAUACGGUCUCCGGUAAAAACGUCUCGGAAGACGGAGCUUGAAUGAGCGGCGGCGCGCGCUCAUGUGAUGCGCGAGGAUCCGGUGCGCGCGACCGGUGGAGCCUAAUAACGGAGGCGGCGGCGCUUUGAGACUCCGCCGCACCGCAAGCGCCGGUCAGAGCACAUGUUGCGUUCUAGGCACUUUGACGCAACAUUAACGAAGGAGGCGCACUCAAACCGCUCCAACUUUUCUUCUCUCCUAUUCUGAGAGGAUCCACAGCAGCCCCGCAUCAUGUCACGCUCCCUGCGUCUCUGAUCCAUUUCCACAUCUGGGUAUAAGAGAACCAUGAGCACUGUGGAGGAAGAACCGGAUCAUAUGAUACCAUGACGAGAAGCCUGCAGGUCCUGCCUAACCAGCUGCUGAGCAUUCUUCUGAUCCUAUCAGUACCAGAGAAGCUGGUAUCCUUUGCAGAGGAGCUCUCUCCCAGCUGGACACCGCGGAGCCUUGUCUCCAUGUUACAUUCACCAAACCCACCUGGCUGGUGGAAGGAAUCCAGUACUGGUGUCCAGCCCACUUUCACAGGUCGCAAUGCACCAGUGUCUGCCCUGGCAUUGACCCAGUUGCUGAUGCCUCAUUUGGCUCACACUACCACAGUCAAGGCUAGCUUUGGAACAAGUCCCAUGUCUAGUAUUGAAUCAAGGGACCAUCCCUUCAAAGCUGAGUUCCAAAACUCUGUUGGACCUGAUUCGAGCAGAACCAUUUCUGGAUCCAUCAUUACACCAUCCAUGGUGUGGAAUUCCAGUGCCAUUUCUGGGAACCUGGCCAUGAAGUCUUCAUCUAUCAGUCAGAAGACAGGAAGCAGGAUGAACCGAACUGGCAUGGUCAGUAAAAAGCAGAAGGUAUCUACAGAGUCAGAGUCUAAUGUGGCCCCUGCCAUUGAGGGGCUUCAAAGAACUGACUCUUCCCAACCAAGGUCCAUAAAUGAUUUGGAGCAAGUAAGGUCCACAAGCAAUGAUGACAUUCAAGGGAUGAGUGUUGAAGCGCCAACCAACCCCAGUUACCCUUACUCUUCAAUGAUGUCAUCAUGGUUAUCAAUCCCUGCUAUGGCACUGGAGAAAAGGCAGCAUGCUCAUGCCAUCACACUGCGUAAUGUUGACACUCUUUCUGAAGAACCCACAUUUGUAGGGAAUGUGCCUGUGUCCCCAUCACAAUCACAGCCCCCUAGUCUGCCCACCUAUUUUCCCCUCAACACAACUGAGCACUCGAAAACAAAUAACAUUACCUUCCCUACUGUGACUGGCAGCAUUUCUGAGAACAGCAGCUCAGCAAAGACAUUAGCUGGGACAAAUUCUCCUGCUAACAUAACCGCAGAUGCUUCCUCACCCCAGAGUAGUGUAACAGACAUGGGCAUCGGCUCCACUGAUGGCAGUUUAGGUACAUCGUUGAAUAUUCCACCACUCAUGAAUGAUUCAAGCACCUCCGAGCUGCUGUCAAGAACAAAUGUGAGUAGACUGCCAACCACCCCACGAGGGCCCUGGGGCUCAGGGAACCAAUCAGGCCCUGAUCUUGACGAUAAACGUGCCACUAUUUGCCUGACCAAAAUGGACAUUGUAUGGGUGGUGCUUGCCAUCAGUGUGCCUGUGUCCUCCUGCUCUGUGCUGCUGACAGUGUGCUGCAUGAGAAGGAAGAAGAAGUCAACCAGCAAUGAGAACAACUUGAGCUAUUGGAACAACACCAUCACCAUGGACUACUUCAAUCGACAUGCUGUGGAGCUCCCUCGUGAGAUACUCCCACUGGAAACUGUUGAUGAGCAGGAGACAUGCCUACCCCCUAAUGGUGACUACAGCGACAGUGGAGUUGUCCUGGUUAACCCUUUCUGCCAAGAGACUCUCUUCAUCAACAGAGACAAGGCCUCUGACAUCUGAGCAUGUCACCAUUAUCAAAGCUUGUCUGUUUCUUUUUUCUUUCUCAAUGUUUUUUUUUUUAAUAAUUUGGUGAACCUUCAGAGACUGAUAUAUAUAUAUAUAAAAGAUAUCUAGACAUGUUUAAAAAGACAAAUGAAUAAAUUAAGAGCACUCUUGCUGUAAGGGUGAGCCCCCUUGCAUAUUUUUCCUGAUGUACAUUUUCUACAGAUGCUUAAUUGUGAUAAGGGUUUUUAUGUCUUUUUUGAAUAAAAGCAGUGUGUGUGUGGUUUCUGUGGUGUUCAAGUGGCUUGGAAUAUAAAGCAAUGCAAUGUAUGCUGUAAAGAUGUGUGUGGUCUUACCCAAAACACUUAAAAACUUAAAGCCUGAUGAACUUGAAUUGCCUGUGUGUGUGCAGGGAUGCAAAAGCAGAUGGCAGUUGGUAUGUGCCUGGGUUCAGGGAGGUAAUUAAACCUUGUGUUAUCAGUGGAAGACAUGUAGUAGUUUCGUUUGUCAUGAGAUUGAGGACAUUUUUAGUUUUUGCCCUUAUGAGUCACCAGCGCAGGGACUAUUUGAAAAGUCUAUAGUCCUGUUGUAGACAGCACUGUGUUUCUGUGUCCAGUUGCAUGUGGCAUUUGUGUGUGUGUGUGUCUGUGUACAUGAUAGAUUAGGGAUCAUAUUGUAUGUUACAUCAUCUCUUAAGGCGGCAUGGUGGUGUAGUGGUUAGCGCUGUCGCCUCACAGCAAGAAGGUCCGGGUUCGAGCCCCGUGGCCGGCGAGGGCCUUUCUGUGUGGAGUUUGCAUGUUCUCCCCGUGUCCGCGUGGGUUUCCUCCGGGUGC